CCAGCGUCGUCUGGUAUCCCAGAAGCCUCCUCACCAGGAAGUGGUAUGCCGGAGAGCUCUGGUUUUGUUUUGACAAUGAUGGAAGAAGAGGAAUUGGAAUUUGCUGAGGAUUUGGAGGCUAUAUUGCAUCUAACCCCAGAGGUGCAACUAGCCAUUGAACAGGUGUUCCCCAGCCAGGACCCCCUGGACAGAUCAGACUUCAAUGCUGUAGAAUACAUCAACACACUGUUCCCCACCGAGCAGUCUUUGGCUAAUAUUGAUGACGUGGUAAGCAAGAUUCGGCUGAAGAUCCGGCGCCUGGAUGACAACAUCAGAACAGUUGUGAGAGGCCAGACCAAUGUGGGCCAGGAUGGCAGACAGGCUUUGGAAGAAGCCCAAAUAGCUAUCCAGCAGCUGUUUGGAAAAAUCAAAGACAUCAAGGACAAGGCAGAGAAAUCUGAACAAAUGGUCAAGGAGAUUACAAGGGACAUAAAGCAGCUGGACCAUGCCAAGCGCCACCUAACUACAUCCAUCACCACCCUCAACCACUUGCAUAUGUUGGCAGGGGGUGUUGACUCUUUAGAAGCCAUGACCAGAAAAAGGCAGUAUGGUGAGGUGGCCAACCUGCUGCAAGGAGUGGUCAAUGUGCUUGAACAUUUCCACAAGUACAUGGGCAUACCCCAGAUCAGACAGCUUUCUGAGAGAGUAAAGGCAGCUCAGAGUGAGUUGGGGACUCAGAUCCUGGCUGAUUUUGAAGAAUCUUUCCCCUCUCAAGGCUCUAAGAGACCAGGUGGUCCCAGUAACGUGCUAAGAGAUGCCUGUCUGGUGGCCAAUGUGCUGGAUCUGCGCAUUAAACAGGAGAUUAUAAAAAAAUUCAUCAAGCAGCAGCUCUCAGAGUACCUGGUGUUAUUCCAGGAAAACCAAGAUGUUGCAUGGCUAGACAAGAUUGAUCGCCGCUAUGCCUGGAUCAAACGGCAGCUGGUGGACUAUGAGGAGAAGUAUGGACGCAUGUUUCCUGAGGAGUGGUGCAUGACGGAGCGUAUUGCUGUGGAGUUCUGCCACAUCACCAGGGUGGAGCUAGCCAAAGUGAUGCGAACACGGGCUAAAGAGAUCGAGGUGAAGCUGCUUCUAUUUGCUAUUCAAAGGACUACAAACUUUGAGGUUCUUCUGGCCAAACGUUUCACAGGAUGCACCUUGACGGACACACCCGGAAAGAAGCCAGAGAGCCCUCUCGCCUCCACUAACCCCUUCCUGGAUGAUGAGGGAGGUGAGGAUGUGGGCGCAGAUAAGGACGAGGAUCUGGCUAAGCCAAGGAAGCCAAAAGCUCCAGACAACCCUUUCCAUGGCAUUGUCUCCAAGUGCUUUGAACCUCAUCUCUACGUCUACAUAGAAUCCCAAGACAAGAACCUGGGCGAACUGAUUGACCGGUUUGUGGCUGACUUCAGAGCACAAGGUCCACCCAAGGCAGGCACAGAGGAGGGCGGAGCAGUGCUGCCCAGCUGUGCUGACCUGUUUGUGUAUUACAAGAAGUGCAUGGUGCAGUGCUCCCAACUGAGCACAGGAGAACCAAUGAUCGCCCUAACAACCAUCUUCCAGAAGUUCCUGAGAGAGUAUGCUUGGAAGAUCCUCUCUGGCAACCUGCCUAAAUCCAACAGUAACAGCGGGGGUCUUACCAUCAGCAGCCUGCUGAAGGAGAAGGAAGGCUCAGAGGCUGCAAAGUUCACAGUGGAUGAGCUCUGUCUGAUCUGUAGCAUCCUGAGCACUGCAGAGUACUGCCUGGCUACCACACAACAGUUGGAAGAGAAACUUAAGGAAAAGGUAGAUAAACUCCUAGUCGAAAGAAUACAUUUGACAGGGGAGAUGGAUACAUUCAGCACUGUGAUUUCAAACAGUAUCCAGCUACUCGUUCAAGAUCUGGAUGCUGCCUGUGACCCUGCUCUUACGGCUAUGAGCAAGAUGCCGUGGCAGAGUGUGGAGCAUGUGGGGGACCAAAGUCCUUAUGUGACGUCAAUCAUCAUGCACAUUAAGCAAAAUGUGCCGAACAUCAGAGAGAAUCUGGCCUCCACACGCAAAUACUUCACACAAUUCUGCAUCAAGUUCACAAAUUCUUUCAUUCCCAAAUUUAUCAACCACCUGUUCCGAUGUAAACCUAUCAGCAUGGUGGGCGCUGAACAACUCCUACUAGACACUCACUCCCUGAAGACAGUCUUGCUGGAUCUGCCCUCCAUCGGCUCCCAGGUGCUUCGCAAGGCACCUGCCAGCUACACCAAAAUAGUGGUGAAAGGCAUGACCCGCGCAGAGAUGAUCCUUAAGGUGGUGAUGGCCCCACAUGAACCGCCAGUGGUGUUUGUCGAUAACUACAUCAAGCUCCUGGCUGAUGGAAAUCCUGAGACCUUCCAAAAGAUUCUGGACAUGAAGGGCCUGAAGCGCAGUGAACAGAGCAGCAUGCUGGAGCUCUUCAGGCAGCGGCUACCCACUCCACCCUCCGGGGCCGACGGCGGGCCCUCUCUGUUCAGUACCACCCCUGAACAGGAGUCGUCUCGCAUCCGCAAACUCGAGAAACUCAUCAAAAAGAGACUUUGAACAGACACACAUUGAAAUUACAUCCUGGAAAUGAAAAAGGCUGCCGGCUGGGAUGGUAGUCACGUCCUUUUUACUGUAAUUCAUCUCAACUUAAUUGUGCUCCAUUCAGUUAUCGCGGAGAAAGAGCAAAAAGUUGACGAAAUUUUCUGACUGACAGUAAUAUGAACCCAAGAUGACGCUGGAUUAUGAAGAAACUUCCUCAAACGCUACUUGCUGUUGUUCCAUAUGUAAUUGACUUCUGUAAUUUCCCACCUUUCUUUUCGUGACACCAAUAUUUUGUAACAUUAGAACAUCAUUGCACAGUGUAUGCACUCAGAAAAGCAAUUGCAGCGCUAUUAACUAAAUUGUGCUCCGAGGGCCUGUGGCUGCCUCUCGGGACAUGUCUAAUCCACAAUGAGUACAGGAAGCCUGAUCUUAAUUUAAGUUGAUGUUUUCUGAACAUAACAUAUUUCAAUGGUAGCCAUGGUUUAUCUCAACUAUUUUAAUUUCAAGUAGAGGAUGAAAAGGUUAAAAUGUAUGUGCAUGUCCGCCAUCCAUUGAAGUGGACAUGGGUGUUGGGAUUGUUUGUGUGAACGGUGGCCUAAAAUGAAUCACUGAGAGUCCCCAUGUCUGGGACAUAUAGAAUAUUUUUGAUUUCCUGCAUCACCAGUCACUCAGUGAUGUGAGGCUGGCUUUCUCUAUUUAAAAAAAAAAAAGGCUUUUCAUUUGUGCCGUUGCCUGGGCAGUACACUAAGUCACGUCCAUACAAGCGCACAUGUGCAUGUAAACAAGGUUUAGUUCCAGUGUAUCCAUUUAUUCGUCCUAACAUAUUCGUACAGCAACAAAAUGUUCAGUGAUCUCUGGGUCUCCCUCUUAAAUGUCAAAAGCAUCACAGUAAGAAAGGAAAACCAUCUCUUUAUUUGAAGUCAAUGUCCUGAUCACUGAUUUGAAUGCCAGUGCCUCUCAGUAGUAACUGUUGUGACUGCAUCAGUGUACACUAGAGGUAGGCUAAUGGAGACACGAGUGCCACCAUCAGUUUGCUUAACCAAUGACGCAAUAGAGGUUUCUUUGCAUCACAAAUUACCUCUUUGACAGCCAUUGGCAGUUGUGUGACCUGUUGUUUGAGUUUGAUUGAUUUUGAAUACCCACCAUACUCUGCAUCUGAUCGACUAGUACUUGUUGUCUUCUUUGCUGAAUUGUACUGCUCAUCAACAAGAUAGGUGGACGAUUGAUAGUAUUAAUGAUUUCCACCAGAUAUGGUUGUUUUUCCUCAGCCUUCUCGUAUAGUGCUAUCAUAUACAAUUACAAUGACCUAAUGAUGGGAGAAAAUGUCCCAUUGGAUCCAUUGGAGAUUGUUGUGCAUCAUCAAAAUGUAAAUCUCAAAUGGUAACUUUGAUGUUGAUAUUUCACACUGAUAACAAGAAAAACAAUUGGCACUUCAUAUCAGAAAGGUUGCCUACCCCUCGUGUACACAUCCAUGCCUUCAGGUACAAGAUGUUGCUUGUAUGUAUAUUGUCUGAAUUGUAUGCGACACGUGCAAUUGUUGAACACCAUUAAAAUAUUAUCAUCAAUGUC